CAUUCGAGCGCCUCACUUGGCGUCCCAAUUGACAUUUCCCAUUUAUUUUCCCCAAAAACCCGAAAAAACGAUGUUUAAUGUGUGAAAUAACCGUUGUGGUGCAAUGGCUUCGUCUCAAGACGCCUGGUACUUGUCCCUGUUGGGGCUCGCCGAACAUUUCCGCACCUCGAGCCCCCCUAUGAUAAAACUGUGCAUCCAGUGCCUCCAAGCUGUCUUCAACUUCAAACCACCGCCUCGAGUCGAAGCACGGACUCAUCUCCAACUCGGAAACAUCCUUCUCACCCACACCAAAAACACCGACUUGGCGAAAAACCACUUGGAACAAGCGUGGUUGUUGUCGCAAAUGAUUAACACUUUCGACGAUGUUAAAUUCGAAGCAGCAAGCGUUUUGGCUGAAUUAUACGAACAACAGCAACAAAUUUCACUAUCGAAACCGAUUUUGAGGAAAGCAAUUGAAUUAUCACAACAUAAUGUCUAUUGGCAUUGUAGAUUAAUCUUCCAACUUGCGCAAAUACACGCCACUGAGAAAGACUAUCAAUUAGCGAGUAGUUUACUGGGGGUUGGGGUUGAUUAUGCCCACAUUUCCAAUGCUUGUUACACCCGAGUUUUAUUUCUUUUAAGUAAAGGAAUGUUGUUAUUGAUUGAUAAAAAAUUGCAAGAAGUUCAACCAGUAUUAAACCAAGCCGGGCAUUUGAUUGAGACAUGGACAGGGGCUGCGUAUCAAAAGGAAUAUUUAAGAGUUUAUUUCCUAGUCUUACAAGUGUGUCAUUGUCUCAUGGCCGGUCAAGUAAAAAGUGUAAAACCUUGUUUGAAACAAUUACAACAAAGUAUCCAAACAAUAAUGGCAACUGAUGAUGUUUUUACAGGGCCAAGUGUUGGUGAUAUGUUUUUAUGGAUGCCUAAAGAGCAUCUUUACGUUUUAGUUUAUUUAGUAACAGUGAUGCAUAGUAUGCAAGCUGGUUAUAUGGAAAAAGCACAGAAAUAUACCGAUAAGGCUUUAAUGCAAAUCGAGAAAUUGAAAAUUGUAGAUAAUAAACCGAUUUUAUCGGUUUUUCAAUUAAUGUUACUCGAACAUAUAAUUAUGUGUAGACUCGUAAUGGGGAAUAAAACUCAAGCAUUACAAGAAAUCUCAUCAGCGGUGGCACUUUGUCGACAAAAUGCCAAAUUAUUAGAGACACAUGGGCCCCAAUUACACACCCUUUUGGGGCUAUAUUCAAUGAGUAUGAAUUGUAUGGAGGCGGCUGAGGCGCAAUUCAUGGCGGCGUUACACACGUCACGUGAACGUGAAUUAUGGACGUUUGCAAACUUGAAUCUAGCAAUUGUGUAUUUGAGGGGUAAACGAGAGUCGGAUUUUAAUGCCCUUCAUGAAAGGAUUAAUCCUGAAUCUUUGCCAUCUCAUUCUCAUAGUUUACGAGCUGCUGCUUAUUACGUCCAAGGUCUUCAAGCGUUUUUUCAAGGACGUUACAAUGAGGCCAAGAGGUAUUUGCGCGAGACGUUGAAGAUGGCGAAUGCCGAGGAUUUAAAUCGGUUAACGUCGUGUUCGUUGGUGCUUUUGGGGCAUAUUUUUCUCUCGUUGGGGAAUAGUCGUGAAAGUAUGAAUAUGGUAACGCCGGCAAUGCAAUUGGCGAGUAAAAUCCCCGAUGUUCAUGUACAGUUGUGGGCGUCUGCGAUUUUGAAAGAUUUGUAUAGGAUGUGUAAUGAUCCGCAAAGUGAGAAUGAAGCGUAUCAGAGACAUGUUAAUUUCUCACAAAUGUUACUCAAUGAUCAUUUUCAAGCAUCACAAAUGCCCGAACAUAAUUUGAUUAUGUGGACACAAGGGAGUUUUCCCAACAUCACCAAUUCGCCGAAUACGUCUGGAGUUUUAUUGUAAUCGACUAUUUAUUAAUUUGUAUUCGAAUUUAUUUUUUAUAUAAUUGGUCUUGAAUAAAACGAUUAAAAAUUG